UCUAUAUAUAAAUAAUGAUCUUCAGGUCAAAGAGAUUGCUUUUCUUUCUCCCAUUUUUUCUUCUUCUAAACUAUGUCUUUCUCAUCAUCCAAUGAUUCACCUAAAAUGUCUAUUUCAGAAAGAAGAGCAACUUAUCCAUUACAAGAGCGAAUCAAGAUAUAUGAUCCUGAUAUGAUGGCACGAAAAUUAAACCAGACAGAUAAACAGCCUACAAAACUUGUUGUACAUGGCGUGAACAUAUUAAAUAAAAUUAGCAUUGAUAGUGACACAGCUAUGUCACGUAUUCGACAAAGAAGAGAAACGCAUAAUAGAGUAGAAAGAAGAAGAAGAGAUAACUUGAAUACAUUAGUAAACCAACUUUCUGAUUUGGUACCAAGAUCCUCUAUCGAAAAAAGCGGAGGUGAAAAAUGUCAUCGUGCUAAAGUGCUGCGAUAUGCCAUUGAAUACAUUCAAAGUAUACAACAAGAAAACAACGCACUACGAGAACAACUAGGUUUACCUACAGGGACAUCAAAUACUUCUGGCUUAAAUAUACCAUCACUUGAAUUUGUUUCUACUUCCUCCUCUUCUUCAGAAGACUUUGACAUGUCCUCCUCAAACAAUAUGUAAAAAUAUAUAUAUAUCUAUAUCUAUAUAUACUUCUUAAAGGUUCAUUUUAG